AUGUCACGUUAUGAAGUGUACAAUGUUUGCAUCGAACAACCACAAAUGAUAAUAGCUGAAGGCAUAUGGGCUAGUCACACUGCUGUUCCUCCUAAAUCUUCAUUUACAAUGCUUGAGAUUCAAAUAAUUGCCAUCUUUUUAAUCACACAAUUAUUUCAUUUCUUUCUCAAGCGCUUAGGAUUCUCUUAUUUUAUUUCACAAGUCAUGACUGGAUUUCUAUUGGGGCCUUCUAUUAAAUGUGGACAUCUUGAUGUAUACAAAAAGUUGUUAUUCCCAUUUGGUGGUCCAGACAUACUAAACACAAUAUCAUCCUAUGGCUACGCAUUUUUCUUAUUCUUAAACUCAGUUCAAAUGGACUUCACAUUGAUAAUAAAAACAGGCAAAAAAUCUUGGGUCAUUGCUCUUCUUUCCUAUUUUUUACCUAUAAUGGUUGGCUUCAUCUUCAUAUUUCUUACCCGCCCAAUCUGGUUAGGCUUACUUGGCUCUGAACAAGCUUUUAAUUUACCCAUUAUCGUUAUAUCUCAAAGCGGUUGUUCCUUCGCUGUCAUUGCUUCUUUGUUAAGAGACAUUGGAAUCCUCAACUCCGAACUUGGUCGUCUUGCGCUUUCGUCAGCGUUCUUAAAUGAUAUCUCGGGAGGUAUUUUCGCAGGUGUGGGAACCGCCAUAGUGAGUAGCAUGGACAGUGGAGCGUUUCUGACUGUUAAAAACACAGUGUUAUUCUUUGUUUAUCUGAUUGGGAUUCCUUUAGUUGGGAGACCAAUAAUGAUGUGGAUGGUGAAAAACACACCAGAAGGAAAACCGAUUAAUAAGAUAUACAUAAACGCAAUUGUGGUAGUAUUUUUCCUGUUGGGUCUGUUAGCUGGAAAGUUCAAUCAACCAUUUUUGGCAGGAGCAACUAUACUGGGUCUUGCCGUUCCUGAAGGUCCACCAUUAGGCUCAGAGUUGGUUAACCAGUUUGAAUUAUUCUCUACAUGGAUUCUCACUCCACUUUUUGUAACUUGUUGUGUCAUGAAAGUAGAUCUCACUCUUUGUGAACCACCUAUUCUUGUUUUUGUUAUCGUUGGAUUCAUACUAUUGGUGCAUACCAUUAAGCUACUGCAGUGCAUGAUUGUUUGCAAAUAUUGCAAUAUGCCUACAACCGAUGGUCUUUGCCUUGCUCUCAUUUUGAGCUGCAAAGGUGUUGUUGAUUGUUGCUCCUUUGUUCUUGUUUACGACGGAACGAGGCAAACUCCGGAAUCAAUAGGUGUUAUGGUAGUAUCAACUUUAGUGUUAGCAACAAUCUCAAGAAUAGGUGUAAAGGCAUUAUACGACCCAUCAAGAAAAUACGCAGGAUAUCAGAAAAGAAACAUACUGAAUCUAAAACAAAACUCGGAGCUUCGUUUAGUUGCAGUUGUGCAUAGAGCAAGUCACAUGGUUCACAUUAAGAAUUUCCUAAACCUAUGUUCUCCUGCACCAGACAACACGCUAAUAGCAGACGUGGUACAUGUGAUGGAACUAAUUGGAAGAACAACACCUAUUUUUAUCGCACAUCGUCUCCAACAAAAAAUGGGGUCAACACAUAACUACUCGGGAGAAUUAGUUGUUACAUUCGACCUUUUCGAGCGUGACCAUGCUGGUUCAGCAACAGCCAACACAUACACAGCAAUAUCUCCACAAACGUUUAUGCAGGACGAUGUUUGUUACCUUGCAUUAGACAAAAACGCGGCUAUUAUAAUUCUACCAUUUCACGUGAGAUGGACGAAAGAAGGUUUAAUUGAAUCAGACGACAGCAUGGUAAGAACGUUGAAUUCAAAGGUUCUGGAAAGAGCACCUUGUUCAAUUGGGAUUUUGGUUAACCGUGGCAACUCCGCCACAAGCAAUAAUAAUCCAAUGGGUUAUAAAGUAGCUAUGAUUUUUCUUGGAGGGCCUGAUGACAGAGAAGCUUUGUGUCUGGCUAAAAGGUUUUCCAAAAAUUUAAAUAACAUAUUGUAUGUGUAUCGAUUGCUUGCGAGCGACCAUGAUGCAAUGGGGUGGGAGAAAAUGAUUGAUGAUGAGGAGUUAAGGGAAGUUCGUGGAGCUUAUGUUAAACUUGAAAAUGUAAAGUAUGAAGAAAAAAUCAUAGAGGAUGCAUCAGAGACAACUACUUUCAUUAGGGAUAUAGCAAAUAAAUUUGAUUUUAUUAUUGUUGGGAGACAUAAUGGAGUUAAAUCACCUCAGACACUAGGUUUGGAAAAUUGGACUGAAUAUACUGAAUUGGGUGUUAUUGGUGAUUUGCUUGCUUCACCUGAUAUGGAAACUAAAGCUUCCGUUUUAGUUGUGCAACAACAACAACAAACCAAUUCUAUAUCCUCCGCGUAA